AUGGUGGAAAAGCCGGCCACUUUCGCAAAAGAGGCUGCCAAGCGAGCAAUCCUCAGAGCAGUCUCCGCCAAUUUCGAUAUGUUCCAGCAGCAUUGCCUUCGGGCCGAGUGGGCUGAUGCUUCUCGUGCUUCCGUCUACAUCUUGGAUCUGGUUGCCCAGAUCCGAUUUUGUGGCGAUUUGCAAAACCCGGCGCCUGUGGUCAAUGAUGUUCAGGAACUCCAGGGCAUCGAGGCCAAGCUCAUCGAAAUCUAUAACUUCGAGCCGGAAAAUCUCCAGGCCCUCCGUUGCCUUCGCAAAGUGAAGGACGCCCAGCUGCACAGGAAGCACGAGAGGAUCUCAGCCCAGCAGAAGGAGCUGGCUACAUGCAGGAUGGCGUUGCGAGACACCAUCCGACUCAGUUGUCGGGAAAGGAUGGAGAUCCGGCGGCUCAGCAACCAGGUCGCUCUCUUGGAGUCACAAGAGGUCGACCUGCGGCUACGGCUGAAGGAUGCCAAAGCGCAGGCCCUGGGACAGGUGGGCAUGCCCUCGGCAGAUGUUCCCCAAUGCCCUGUUUGCUUUGAGAACAAGGACGUCAGCUGGGCGCUGGUUCCGUGUGGGCAUUGUGUUUGCCGGGAUUGCCUUUGUAACCUCCGCAGCCGAUCCCUGCCUUGCAAGCAAUGUAGACGACAUGCCACCCAGGCUAUGAGAGUGUUUUACAAGUGA